AUGCGCGUGGUCAGCUACAACCCGCUCACGCUGUGCAGGCGCCUCCGCGCCGAAGAGAUCAGUCAGGAACUGGGGCGGCACGACGUGGUGGCGCUGCAAGGCACGCAGGUGAAGUGGCGUGGCGGUGAGGACGGAUGGGGACGAGGCGGGCGCACCAACAAGGCGUGCGGCGUCUCGAUUUUCUUCAAAAAGGGGUUCAAGGUGCUGAAGCUGCUGUCGCCGCCACCGGCCUUGCGGGGGCGCGGCGGCGGCGCCCGCCUUGGGCGGGGCACGCUGGACAUCCUGGUGCUGGCCCUCUACUUUGCUGUGCGUGGGGUGGCGGUCCAGCGGGCGGCGGCGGACGCUCUCUUCACGUGGGCGCAGCGCUGCCUCAUGGAGACGCCCACGCGCUGCACGCCGUUGCUCUGCGCCGACCUCAACGACGGGCUUGGCAUGGUCAAACACGAGGCGGGGGUCUUCUCGCUUUUGCCUGAGGCUAUCGGGCGGGUCGAGCCCGCGCUGGAGCACGAGUCGGGUUCGGCGUGGAGGCGGCUCUGCGAGGAGUGGGAGCCCGCCACGGUCAACACCUUCUUGGAGGGCUAUACCUUCUCAGGCCCGACUGGGGCCAGGUCGAGGCCCGACGUGAUCGCCAUGCCCCGCGAGCUCAUGCUGAGCGUCGCGGACUGCGAGCCGCUCUACACGAUCGGCGACAGGCUGCAGGCCAUUCGAGCCCGCGGUAGGAGGGGCCACGCGCCGCUGGGGGUCUCCGUGAGGAUCACUCCUGUGCACCCUGAGAUUCUUCCCAGGUGUGUACGGGCGCAGUGGGACAUGGACGCCUGCAUGCUGGCUCUGAAGCGGCACCAGGGCAAGCUGGAGUUUUUGACGGAGCUGGAGUACAAGUGCGAGGACGUGGUUCGUCCUCCAUUGGAUGAGGAGCGGGGCCCCGACGAGGCCUGGGACGAGCUGGCGGAGGCGGUGCGCGAGACGGGCCUGGCGCACUUCGGCUUCAAGGGGCGCGACACGAGGGGGGUGGAGGAGGCGACGGAGCAGCGCAAGAAGCUGGGCGAGAUGGGGGCUUCGACGGACUUCGAGCAUGGGAGGUGCGUGCAGGAGCUCAAGGGCGCCACGCGCCGUCUGCGCGCGCUCCAGCGGCAGCAGCGCAGGCGGCUCCGCGCGGUGCGUUGCGGGGCGCUGGCGGAGGCGGGGCGCGCGGGCGACGCGGCCGCGGUCUGGGGGCUGGCCCGCCUGCUGGGCGAGCGGGGGCUGGGCGCGCGCCGUCGGGCGCACUGCGCCCCCCGCCUGGGGCGCGCGGCGGCGGCGCGGCGCAAGCUCUUCAAGAGUCCUGGGCGACUGGGGGGCUACUCUGCGACGGAGCUGGACGCGCGAGUAUCUCGAGCAGCUGCGGCCCCCGCUGGCGCAGUGCUGCUCGUCAGGCAGGGCGAGGGCGUCGGCUACAGGGCGGAUCCCCCGAGCAUGAAGGUCUUCAGGAAGCGAAUGCUGCACUGCUUGGCCCUCGUCCGCUUGUUCAAGACGGCGCCCUUGGCGUGGCCCAGGACCCAGAAGGUGAAGGGGGCACCCUUCGGCUUCGCCCCUAGGCGCUCGCGGGAUGGGGCUCUGGCGGUCACGGCGGCGGUGGCCGAGCGGGCCGCGCGCUGCGGCCUCGCGGCGCUCGCGAGCUUCAAGGGCCUGAGCAGUGCGUUUCAGCGCCCGUCGGUGCGUGACAUGGCGCAUGGCCUUGAGAGCAUGGCGCGCGCCGAGGACCGCCCCAUUGUUUCGCGGAGGGUCUUCGACUACCACUGCGAGGUGGAGACGGCCGAGGGCGCGCUGCGCAUGAAGACCAACCAGGGCGCGCUCAUUGGCGACUCGAUCGGCCCCCCGCUCCUCCCCGAGGUUUUCACGCCAGUGGCGACUGAGUGGGCCAUGGCGGACUCCGGUCGCCCCGACGCGCAGCUGCUUGAGGCGAAGUCCGUCGUCGCGGGCGCCGUUCUGGACCUCGGCCUCGCGAAUCUCGCGGGCGACCUCUGCAAGCGCUUCGUCUCGCGGUGCUACGACGCCGCGAUCAAGAACCACAAGGCUUCGGACGAGCUCUUGGACGGGCUGCUGGAGCCGCGCGGCUUCCAGCAUAACAUCUCCAAGCAGUGCGCCAUGUGCGCUUUCCGUGGCGAGGGGGCCAGGGCCAAGACGCGCGCCUUCUUCGCGGGCAGGCUCGGCGCGCGCGGCAACUGCUCAACGGUCGCUCGCUACCUUGGCCCGACGCUGCACUACCAGGGCGGCCUCGCGACGGAGAUCAGGGUCUCCGUCGAGGUGGCGCGCCGGGUUUUCCGCUCCUUGGUGCUGGGGGCGCUCCUCUCUGGUGCGGCUGCGGUCGCGCCCGCGCAGUUCUUCCUGGCGUCGCUGGGCGGGGUCGUUCGCCAGCUGCUGCAGAUGGCUGACAUCGAGACCGAGCUGCGCAUGGUGAGGCUUGGGCUCGUGAAGUGCAUGGUGCGCCACCCCGCGGAUUGCGAGAUGGAGCUCGCGGCUUUGUCCGGCCAGCUGCCCUUCGUGUUGCAGCCCGUGCUGGAGGUGGGCGGCCGCCGGGGCGAGGGGGCUUCGGCGCUCGCGAGGCUGCGGGUGGACGACGCGAAGUUGCUCUUGCGCGCGUCGGAGCGCGAGGACCUGCUGGAGGCGCGGGGCGCGCGCCCCCUCUUGCUGCUGGAGGGGGCCUUGCUGGAUGAAGUCCUUCAACUCGACCCGCGCGUGCUUCGGGUUCGCGGCUGGGCGGCCCAGCGCCCGCCGCCCCGUGAGGUAGACGCGGCCGUGCGUCAUCGCUGGCUGACCCUGCGCGGCGACCGCGACAGGCCAGCACGCGAGCCGCCUGGCCUCAUCGAGAUCGGGGACUUCGAGUUCGCGUGCCAGGGGGCACCCGGUUGGGCUUUGGCGGCCUCGCCAGCCGUGGCCGACGAAGGGGCGCGCGCGGUGGCGGGAGGCAGGCCCAAGGCCGCCGCGAAGCCUCGCGCCCGGCGCCAGCAGGACGAGUUCGAGGAGACGGUGGCCACCCUAGCGCGCCUGGCGUUCUCGCACGACUUCCAGAUCCGCGGCCUCGAGUCGGCCUGCUACCUCGCGUUCAAGGCCCCGCUCGACAACGACACGAUCAAGAACGCGAUGGGCUCGGGCAAGACCUACAACAACAUUUGCCGCGGCAAGAGCCCUGCGCAGCACGGCCUGGGCCCGCCGUUGCCGCACCUCGUGGGGGCGGCGGUGCGCUCGCUGGCCACCGCAGCGGAGAUGGCGGGCUCCGACCUCGAGGGGCCAGUGAAGGCGCUCCACGCCCAGGUCAGCGAGCAGGACUUCAUCGCGGCGAACUUCAAGUACAUAAAGCUGAAGGACAUGUACGACAAGCGGCACACUCGCGUGUGCGCGGCGGUCGGGGCGGCCGAGAUCGCGACCACGUUCAAGAAGGCGGUGAUCCAGAUCGGCGGCGUGGAGCUCCAGGGCACCGCGCCGCCAGGCGGGCUCCAUCGGAGCCUUCAGGAGUGGUUGGGCCAGCGCUGA